UUUUUUUUUGGAAAAAAUAUAUCUUUCUUUCUUUCUUUUUUUGAGUAGGAGGGGGAGAAGAAUGGAGCAGUGCUGUGCCGUGCUGUGUCCUACCUAGAAAGCCUGAAUUUGUGCAGGUCCCUCCCUCCUUCACUCCCGCCCCCCCCCCAAAAAAACUGGAUUAUUUUGCUAAUCAGACUUCAGUGCAGCGAAGAUAAAAGGGGGAGAAUCUGUUGCCUAGAUAGGAAGCUUUAAUGAGCAGCUGCGCCCCUGGGGACAGCAAGCUGAAGUCGAAGGCGGCUGCUUUCCGGUCUCUUGUCAUUUCUUCACUUGCUCCUUCGCCUCCUUUUUCUCCAAUGGGCCUAAGCAAACGGGAACUGUCCAGGGUGCUAGAAUGCUGGCUGCUUUGAUGCUGAACGCAAGCGGAUUGCAGAAAAAGAGGAGCUCCAGAUUACUGCUCAUUGCCGAAGGUAGGCUUGCUCUUUGUUUGAGAAUCCCUGAUUAAUCAACAACAGCAUCAACAGAGAGGGAGAGAGAGAGAGAGAGAGCCUGCCUGUAGUCACCGGGCGAGCGUGAGAGAGACUGUUUCAAACCUUCGCUGUCUAGGUGGCAAUGAGAGAAAGGAGAGAGCAUCUUUUUCUGUUGCAAGAAGCCAUUUGGAUAGGAUGUUUUCUAUCCCUCCUUGUCUUUUCUUUUGGUCUUCACAGCAUCCACUCCAAUGAGGCACCUUAGCCACCUCUCUGCCACUGCAUAUGCUGGUGUUGUAAUCUUCUGUGUGGUGAAGUGGGCAAAAAAAUUCCUCCCAUUUCUUUCCUGCUGGACUUCAAAGCAGGGUGCCGUUGAUGCCCCCCUGAAACCUUUGCUGUUCUUUCUCUCAAUGUGGAUUUAAGAUGCCAGAUCCCCUCCUUCCCCCCAGCCCCACUGCAUUUUUGAAAGUCAAACUUUAAAAAGGCUAUUUUAAUCUCACGCCGAGAAGAUCACUCUUUUAUUUUUAAUGCAACACGCUGACUUCUAGAGAUGCAGAAUGCUACAAUCUGGAAAUGUUUGCCAAGAAGAUCUCAAGCACUUUAAUUGAAGAAAAACUGAGCCAAUCUGCAAAAUCUGUUUUUAUGGUGCUGAAAUAUCCCUUCAGACUGCACUGAGAUAAACCACAGGAAAGGGCUUUUACAGACAAAAGUCACCUUUAAUUAUUGCACUUAGCAGUCCCCCGAGGACUUUAAUCUUGGAAGUAUUUUCCUCCAUUUAUUAUCUCCAACAAGAUGAUGAGUUCUAAUCAGGAGGAAGUCACUUUGGGCACUUUCCUCCAGUAUAUUGAAGAUAUGGGCAUGAAGGCCUAUGAUGGUUUGGUUAUACAGAACGCAUCUGACAUUGCUCGAGAGAACGAUCGGAUGAGGAAUGAAACGAACCUGGCUUACUUGAAAGAAAAGAAUGAAAAACGUCGGAAACAAGAAGAAGCAAUAAAACGCUUAGGUGGUGAAGUGGUGAGAGGAAAUGAAGGAAGCUACAUUGGCAAGCAUUUCCGCAUGGGAUUUAUGACAAUGCCCGCCCCUCAGGACAGACUGCCUCAUCCUUGUUCGAGUGGCUUUUCCGUGAGAUCCCAGUCGCUUCAUUCUGUUGGAGGCACCGAUGAUGAAAGCAGUAGCUGCUCCCGCAAACAACCCCCACCGAAACCGAAACGAGAUCCCAAUACCAAACUAAGCACAUCCUCUGAAACUGUAAAUGCUGGAACAACAAGUAAGGGUGGAAAGCUAUCAGACCGAACUGAAGUGUCGGCCAAACCAAGGCCUCACAGUGAUGAAUAUACAAAGAAGGUUCCUCCCCCUAAGCCGAAACGGAACCCAAACACUCAGCUAAGUGCAUCUUUUGAUGAGACAUACAUCAAAAAACAUGGCCCCACAAAGUCAACACUAAGCAGGGAUACCUCCUUAUCACAGGUCAGCAGUCCUGCUCCAGAUACUGAGGAAGAAGAACCGGUUUAUAUCGAAAUGGUUGGAAAUAUACUUAGAGACUUCAAAAAAGAUGAGGAGGAUCAAAGUGAGGCAGUAUAUGAGGAAAUGAAAUACCCCAUCUUUGACGAUGGAGGCCAAGAUUCAAAAUGUCCAUGUGAGUAUGACCAUCACAGCUGUUCUUCUCAGUGUGCUACUCCCACAGUGCCUGACCUUGAUUUCACCAAGUCCUCAGUGCCAUCCACUCCCAAGGGUGUUCUUUGUGAUAUACCCCCACCAUUUCCAAAUUUGCUUUCUCAUAGACCUCCACUCCUGGUAUUUCCACCUGCACCAGUGCAAUGCUCCCCAAAUUCUGAUGAAUCUCCUUUAACACCACUGGAAGUCAUAAAGCUUCCUGUGCUAGAAAACGUGUCUUAUAUCAAGCAGCAAGCUGGAGCUUCUCCAUCAUCACUGCCACCUCACACUCCAAGUCAUCAAAAACUGGAGAAAGACCAGACAGCAUCUCAUGGAACUAGUACUCCAGGACAUUCUUCUUCUCCUCCACAUCCUUCUACCUUAUACAGAACACAGUCUCCGCAUGGCUAUCCUAAAAGCCACUCUGCCUCCCCCUCUCCUGUGAAUAUGGGUCGGUCACUUACCCCCUUAAGUCUCAAAAGACCUCCUCCUUACGAUUCUGUACAUUCAGGAAGUCUCUCAAGAAGUUCUCCAUCAGUGCCUCAUUCUACAGCCAGAAACAUAUUGCAAGAAGGAGGGAAAAUGGUAAACACCUCUGUCAAUACCUACGGGUCAUCAUCGCAAAGUAGUUCCCGUUCUAGAACACCUACCAGUCCUCUAGAGGAAUUAACCAGCCUUUUUACCUCAGGACGAAGCUUACUGAGGAAAUCCUCCAGCGGAAGAAGAUCUAAAGAGCCUGCAGAGAAACCAUUAGAUGAGCUGAAGAUCAGGAGCCACAGCACUGAGCCACUACCAAAGCUGGAAAACAAAGAGAGAGGAGGUCACCAUGGGGCAUCUUCCUCCAGAGAGCCAAUAAAAGCUCAGGAAUGGGAUGGCACACCAGGACCACCGCUUGUGUCUAGCAGACUCGGAAGGUCUUCUGUUAGUCCAACCAUGUUGGCAGGAAAUAAUAGCUCAGUGCUACUCCUGUGCUGGUCCCAGAACACCAGAGACAAAAUAGAGCCGAAAGCAAGCUGCAGGUUAGGACGAUCUGCAUCCACGUCAGGUGUGCCUCCUCCCUCCGUUACUCCUCUCAGGCAAGCCAGCGAUCUGCAACCGAGCCAGAAUCAACCCCACUGCACACCCAGUAGGAGAGGGAAGAAACCCACCAGAACCAGGAGAGAACAACCACUUCCACAGCCUAGUAGCGUAAACAAUUACAGUAAAGUGACAUGUAUGCAGUGGUUGCACGGAGACCAUACAAUGCUGGAAAUGAUUGAGAAAAAACGUUGCCUGUGCAAAGAAAUCAAGGCACGGCAGAAAUCCGAGAAAGGACUUUGCAAACAGGACAGCAUGCCUAUCUUGCCGAGUUGGAAGAAGAACACAGGGUCCAAGAAGUACAGCCCCCCUCCAUAUUCCAAGCAACAAACCGUUUUCUGGGACACUGCAAUAUGAUAGGAGCAUGAGGGGCUAUCUUCCGCACAUUGCUAAAACAUGCACUGUCAGCCUAUCUUCCUAAUAAGGUGGUGGCUGGGACUUAAUUUUCAGGUGAAGAACUACCUAGGGAUAAAGCUUGCUAAAGCAGUACCCACCUGUCAAUCAAAAGAAAAAUCUAUGUCUCCCACUAAAUGAAGGCAUGCACAUUUUUGAGGAUUCUUUGGGAUCCAGGAAAAAAAAAUAGAAAGAUGUAAAUAUUUUGCCAAUCUCUUAAAAAAAACUGAGACAAUACACUAUUUAAAAUAUAAUGCAAACAUGUAUGAAGAAUUUUACUCAUAAACUGUUCUAAC